AGUUAAUCCCAAAUAACACUCACACAUCUUUCUGGACUGAAACACAGACAUACAUACAAAAAGUAUACUAUUUUUUUUUUUUUUUUACAAAAUCCAAGAUCUACGCAGCUAUUCUGGUCUCACAGGGGAAGACUAGAACCGAUCCAAGAUGACGCUUCUAUCAUGUUCCCUUAUCAUUGUCCUUCUUGCUGCAGCCUCUACCAAACCAAUUGCUGAGAACUGGUAUCAACAUGCCGGCAUCACCGCUGAAAACCAAAACCCAGCAUCUCUGGAUGGGUACAACCGGAUCGCUGACUGGCUUUCUUCUGGGUCGGAAGCAGCUCAGUCACAUGACUCGUCUGAAUCCCGAGACCUUUCUGAAAGUGAAUCCUCUGAGGAGACUGUCGAGUCUUCCGAGGAAUCCUCUGAGGAAUCCUCCGAGGAGUCUUCAGAGGAAUCUUCUGAGGAGUCUUCCGAGGAAUCCUCUGAGGAAUCUUCUGAGGAAGUUCCUGCCACAGAUGAUCCCACCCUGACGUCCACUGCCAUGGCAACAGACACAACAGACAACAGAACCCCCACGCCCAAACCUGCAACCACAAGCAUGAACAUGGCAGAGACAACCACACCUGAAAGAAGAGGCGACAACUAAGACAGAGCUCACCAACAGUGAAUAACUAUACUAAAAACACAUUAUAAAAAUCUGUUUGUUCAUUGUUGAUGUUUUUCUAAUCAAACGAUGUUGGUGGCCUGCCAAUUCCGAACAAUAUACAGUAGUUACUUAAUAUUGUAUUUAUUGGCAAACUGUGGGAUUAUUAACUGUGUUACUGCGUAAAAAGGAUUUGAAUUGUUUUUCCAUGUACUGUCAGAUGUUAAUAUAUCUUUAAAAGCGCAUUAAAAAGACUACA